AUGGGCAAACGCACACGGAAAGUGGGCAUCUGCGGCAAGUACGGUACGAGGUAUGGAGCGUCACUGCGAAAAACCGUGAAGAAGAUGGAAAUCACCCAGCACGCCAAGUACACGUGUCCGUUUUGCGCGAAGGAUGCAGUGAAGCGGAAGGCAGUCGGCGUAUGGGAGUGCAAGCGCUGUCGGAAGCGGAUAGCUGGUGGCGCCUGGGUCCUGAACACCACCGCAGCGGCAACAGUGCGCACGACGAUUCGUCGUCUGCGCGAGACCGUGGAGCAGUGA